ACCCGAGGCGGAGCCGGCAGCCAGGUGAGAGGGGCCGGGCACAAACAGGGCGACACCGAGCGGCUGCUCCUCCCCCGGCAAUGCCCCGAGGAGCCCAGCCCCACACAGGAACUCAGCGGGCGGACAGGCCGCACCACCCGGAGCUCCCCGGCUCCCAAAGGAGCUGCCAGCCACCGCGAGGCCAAAAGCCUCCGCAACCUCAGGGAACCGCUUCCUCAAAGCCGCCGUCGCGACACCGCGGCCCCUGGCUGCCUAUGACACCGGCUAAGAGCAGACGGCACCACACCACCACACCACACCACCACAUCACGCCACACCGCCACACUGCGCCGCCAUCCCGCCCCCGCUCGCACAAAGUUUCUCUCCCCGGCCCGCACCGCUCCUUCCCCUCGAGGCAGGGGGAGCGGCAGCCGCGCCGGCCAAUAGCAUCGCGAGAACGAGCCACACCGACCAAUGCGAGGCGGCGGGAGGCGGAACCCCGCGGUCCGGCCGCGCUACGCAGCGGGGGAAGCGCCUCCAGGCGGGCGGGCACAGCCCCGCGCCUCACGGCCCCGCAGCGCCGCUCACCCAGAACCUGCCGCUGCCUCCGCCUGCUCCCGGGGCGGCCUCCUCUUCCUCCUCCUCCUCCUCUUCCUCCUCUUCCUCCUCUUCCUCCUCCUCCACCCGCCGGCUUCUCAGCAGCCGGAGCCGGGCCGCAGCUCGCUGCAGGCGCCUAGCGGGGCUGCUGGCCGCCGGC